CGCGUGCGCGGAGUCCAGCGCGCUCUGCGGCUUGGUCCGCAGUGGAGGCUGCGCGAACAGCCAGGGGGCGGUGGAUGGCUGUGCGGGGCCCGGCGGGCUCGGGGCCUAGCUCCCACGAGCUGGUGGACGAGGCUGUGGCGGCGGCCGGGGGGCGCCAAGCACCGACCCUUGUGGCAGCGGGACCCGCGGUGGAGGGCGAGGAAGAGGAUGAUAGCCGUGGCCGGGGCCUGCUGCGCUGGGACGGUUUCUCGGCCUGGCUGCACUGCGUGUGUGUGGUGGGCUUCGACCUGGAGCUGGGCCAGGCCGUGGAGGUAAUUUAUCCUCAACAUUCCAAGCUUACUGAUAAAGAAAAAACCAAUAUUUGCUAUUUGUCUUUUCCAGAUUCAAAUUCAGGUUGUCUUGGAGAUACCCAGUUUUGUUUUAGAUUUCGGCGGUCUUCUGGGAGGAGGGUGUCACUGCAUUGUCUUCUGGAUCAAUUUGACAAAGAUUUACCAGUUUACUUAAAGAAAGACCCUGCUUAUUUUUAUGGAUAUGUAUAUUUUCGACAAGUUCGAGAUAAAACUCUUAAGAGAGGCUACUUUCAGAAGUCAUUGGUUUUGAUCAGCAAACUACCUUACAUUCAUUUUUUUCACACUGUGCUGAAACAGAUAGCACCGGAGUAUUUUGAAAAGAAUGAACCUUAUUUAGAAGCAGCAUGUAAUGAUGUUGAUAGAUGGCCUGCCCCAGUGCCAGGGAAAACGUUGCACCUGCCUAUUAUGGGAGUAGUAAUGAAGGUACGGAUUCCCACAUGUCAUGACAAGCCUGGGCCUACUCAAAUAACACAGCUAACUCAACAGGCAAAUACACACAUAUCUGUUAUUUUACCUACUGUUCAUGAGGUGGAUCUUUUCAGGUGUUUCUGCCCAGUUUUUCUUCAUAGUCAGAUGCUUUGGGAGCUGGUGCUGUUGGGAGAGCCUCUCGUGGUGAUGGCUCCAUCACCAUCGGAAUCUUCAGAGACUGUACUGGCCCUUGUGAACUGUAUUUCUCCAUUAAAGUACUUCAGUGAUUUCCGACCUUAUUUCACUAUUCAUGAUAGUGAAUUCAAAGAAUAUACUACCCGUACUCAAGCUCCACCCUCAGUCAUAUUGGGAGUAACCAACCCUUUUUUUGCUAAAACGCUUCAGCACUGGCCACACAUUAUUCGAAUAGGAGACCUUAAACCUGCAGGUGAAAUUCCUAAGCAAGUUAAAGUGAAAAAACUGAAGAACCUAAAGACUCUGGAUUCUAAACCUGGAGUUUAUACUUCUUACAAGCCAUAUCUAAAUAGAGAUGAAGAGAUCAUAAAACAAUUACAGAAGGGUGUGCAGCAGAAACGUCCUUCUGAGGCUCAAAGCGUCAUUCUUCGAAGAUAUUUUUUGGAAUUGACACAAAGCUUUAUCAUUCCAUUAGAAAGAUACGUGGCAAGCUUGAUGCCUUUGCAGAAAACUAUUUCUCCGUGGAAGAGCCCACCCCAGUUAAGACAGUUCCUUCCAGAAGAGUUUAUGAAAACACUUGAAAAAACAGGACCACAGCUGACCUCUAGAAUAAAAGGCGACUGGAUUGGACUUUACCGGCAUUUUCUGAAGUCUCCAAAUUUUGAUGGUUGGUUCAAAACCCGGCGGAAAGAAAUGACCCAAAAGUUGGAAGCACUCCAUCUAGAAGCUCUCUGUGAAGAGGACCUACUUCUCUGGAUCCAGAAACACACAGAAGUAGAAACAGUAGAUCUUGUAUUGAAGCUGAAAAAUAAGCUGUUGCAGGCUGGUCGAGAGCAUUUACCUGUGAAGCCUGACACUAUGGAAAAGUUACGGACACAUAUUGAUGCAAUCAUCCUAGCCUUGCCAGAAGAUCUCCAAAGCAUACUGCUCAAAACGGGCAUGACAUGACCUUUACUCCAGCCUAAAAGGGUUGUACACCAUGAAGCAUACUGACUUUUCGACGGACACCGAAGGCAAUGUCUCCAUGCUGCAGAAUGGAAAAUGCUAGACACAGGGUGGGACAGCUGUAUUGUACAAAUAGACUUUUUUGGUGCAUUAUUUUUAAAAAUGGGUAUUUGUGGUUGUUCCACUUUAAUACUGAAACACCGAAAGGCAUUUCUAUAUUUUUAAUCAUGUUUUAAAGUGCUCUUAUGAGAGACCUGUGGGGCCAUCAGUAUAAGUGAUUCCAUACUGCAGUGCUGGCAUUGCAGAUAUUUUUUUAAACUGGUGCUGCUUUGCCCAAACAUACUAAAACUCAGGGGGAUAUGAAAUUAAUGUUCACACUGGCCAUCUUAAGAAGGAAAAGACUGAACUGUCUAACUAUAGUUAGAUGUAAUUGAUGCUUAUGUAGUGCCUUCUGUUGUCCUACAUGUUUCAGAGUCCAGCUGCUAGUUUUGAGCUUUUUUUUUAGCUUGAUUAUAUGUAAUUUUAUAAGCAUUCUAUUGAAUAAUCAUUGCUUAAAAAUAUUUUUCUUCUCAUCUUGCUUAUUAGUAUGCAUGGUAGUUUUUUCAUUGGUCAUGCAUUUUUUUUUUUUUUUUGAGACUGAAUCUCACUUGUCCAGAUAUUUUUGUGUGAGUAUGUAUGUGUUUUGUUCUGUACUGGGAAUCAAACUCAUGACCUCGCACUUGCCAGACAGACACUGUAUGGCCAAAUCUUAUUUCACUUUUUUUUCCCCUACCAUUUUCAAAAUUUUGGUUUUCUUGAAGUCAAGAAAUCAUCUUUUUUAAAAAAAAAAAAUUUUUUUUUUUGUUUUUUGGUACUGGGGAUCGAACUCAUGACCUUGCCCUUACCAAGCAAGCACUUGAGCCGCUGAGCUAAAUCCCCAGUCCUCAAGAAAGCAUCUUGUGGUAAUUAUGUAAAAGUUUAUUUUCUCUGCCUUUCACUAGUUGGGCCUGUAGAAGCUAAUGAAAAUGGAGGCAUUUUAAUUAUGAACUUCAUAAUCAGCUGUUUUCAUUUAUUUUUUUUUUAAGAGUAGGAAGAAUUUAUUGAGAGAAAGUAAGCUUCUGUCUCAGUGAGACACAAGAGGUUCCCAAAAGUGGGUUGCCCACAGACCCCACUUCUCAAGGGUGUUUUUCAGCUGUUUUUAAAUGGAGCUAUUAUUUCAAACAUAUCUGUAAGCCUUUUUUGUGCUAGUUGAGUGAUUAUAGAAUAUAUUUCCCACAUUAUUUGUUGGACAGUAUUACUUCCCCAAAAUUCAUAUUUCUCAGAACACUUUUUUAUUCGUUUGAGUUUUUUGAGACAAGGUCUCCCCAUGUAGCUCAAGCUGAACUCACUGUGGAGCCCAGGCUUGCCUUGAAUUUAUGAUGACCCUCCUGCUUCAGCCACCUGAGUGCUGGGAUUACUGGCUUGCGCCACCACACCUGGCUUUCUCAGAACACUUUUUGUUGCUUGACUUUGGAACUUUUGCCUAAAUCAUUUUUUUUAAAUUUAUCUUUUGUGUAUACUACCUUGCCAAAAAUAGAAGAUUGUGAUUUGAUAUAGUAAGAUUGUUUGAUUUAUGUUUGAAUGGGAAUGACCUGCAAAAGCCAGUAUUUAAAAUAGGCACACACAAUAUAGCACAUAUGUAAAUAGUUGUGUCUCAAUUAUCUCCUACACAACCAAAUUUAGUUGUGUUUGUAAAAGAAAUGGCUCCAAAAGCUAUCUCUUGUUCUCUGUGGCUAUUAAAACAUAAGAGCACUCCUGUUCCAAGAAAGGUUCUUAUGUUUGUGCCUGUGGUCUAAUAUCCAAUGUGCCCUUUUCUUAUGGAUUCAGUGUCUUGAAGGGUACCUCUAAGUCACAGAGAGAAUACAGCGUUUGGAAGAAAUCGUUUGCCUUGGAUCAUAUGGGUUAUUUUGUGAAACAACAGUUGUUCCUUCAGAAGAGGGGUAACUACUUUUAUAUGCCGAAGUAUUUCAUAACUUUGUAGGAAAUUUUAUUUAGUUAUGGUCAUCUCAUUAUUUUUCAAAAAGUUGUAUUUUAAUACUCUUACAAUUUAUAUAUAGUUUGUGACCACAAUUUGAAAAUUGUUAGUGUCAUAUCAAGUAUCUUAAAAACUGUACCACUACAGGAUAUAUCAUUUCAAGUUUAUUUUGCACAGGUAGAGUAGCAAAAGAUGCCCAUUAGUGUGAUAAUGGUAUCUUUAUUUUUACUGUAUUUAACUGAAACUUAACACAUGUUGAAAAACAUACUAUUCCAGUUUAUCUUAAUUUCAAAUUAUGUAUUUGUAAGAAUAAUUUAAGUUACUUUGGAAAUCUGAGAAAGACUGGUUGAUAACUUAAUUUUUGUUCUUCAGAGUAGUUUUUUUUUUUAAAAGAAGACUUUGUUAUCUAAACUGCCAUUUAAUGUUUUAUCUCCACCAGCAUUAGAAGGAAUCACUGCUUUAAGGGUGGUAUGUAAUGGCUAGUACCCUCUAUUUACGGUGAAAAAGGCUUCAUGGAGGCAUUUAUGGUCAUUACCAAAAACUGAAUUAAAAGCCUUGAAUUUCAAAGUA